GAGGGGAGAUGCGGUCACGUGAUGUGCUGCACCGGAAGGAAAAUGGCGGCGCCGGCGCUGGGCGCGCUGCUGCUGCUGGGGGCAGCGGCGGUCGGCGGACGGGAGGUGUCAAUGCAGUACAACCCCGGCUGGAACGGUUCCUCAGUCAACGUUCUCCACGUGCGGUCGGUGGGGCGCGGCGACUCGCUGCACUACGUGUGGAGCAGCAUCGGGGCCCCCGCGGUGCUGCUGGUGGCCACACGCAGCCCCAGCAGCGCUCUGUCCAUCGACUGGAGCCGCCUGCUGUCCCCUGCGCCCGCCGGCGCCGUGUGGAUCGAGCCGCCCGGCAGCGUGGUGUACGCGGCUGCUGUCGUCUUCACCAAGCUGUUUGAGUACAGCAAGGCCGACGCCUCGGAGGAGGUUUUCUACCCCACGUACGACCUGUCGGACUUCUCCUGGGACAGCAUCAACCGCACCGUGAACCACACCGCGCUGACGGCCGAACUUCGGGGCGUCCCCACCUCCGACCCCAGCGGCAGCUUCUCCAACGGCAGCCUGGCGUUCCGGGUGACGGCUUAUGAAAGCGGCGGGCGCGACGGGGCUCUGCCCGGCCUCCUGCACACGGCCAACAGCUCCAAAGUGGAGUUUGUCCUGGCCGGGGCGGCCCCGCGGGGCAACGGCUCGCGCUUCGUGCUGGAGGUGGCCGCGGUGGAGGGGAGAGGGGCGGCAUCCAGGCUGCGCUCGACGCGCUCCAUCGACGACGAAUACACCCCCACCAUCUUCGAGACGCUCUCGCUGGUAGCGGAGUCGCGGAACGACAGCUCUGCUCUCAGCUUCCUGCAAUGGAAGGCGACGGCGUACGGCUCGCAAAUUCCUUCCCGACAUCCACUCUCGACCUCCCCUCUCGCAGUUUUAAACCCUUCCCCCUUAUCCUGUCGCCACGCCGCUACGCAGAGCUCCGUGCAGCUGACGCGUCCCGCUCCUUCCUGCAGGUCUGCGCUGCUGGGCUUCGGGCCGCCACCCGAGGACACUUUUUCUCCCCUCAUCAUCUCCAUCGCGGCCACAGCGCUGGGCACCCCGCUGCUUCUGCUGCUGCUGCUGGGCGCCGCCGUGCUGCUCUGCGCCCGGAGGAGACGCUACAGCGAGUACGAGCCCAUCAACUGAGCGCUGCCGCUGGUCCCGGGCGGCGAUCGCAGCUGCUGCCGUUCUUCACUUCUGGGGGGGCACGGGGCAAGGUGGGCAGUGCCCCCCCGUGCUGCUGUGCCUGCUGCACUGCGCUCUGCACUGCGCGCUCUGUCUGCACUGCACUGCGGGCGGUGCUUCCUUUCUUUCUGAUGCACGCUGCCAGGGGCUGAGGGGCGGCGAGAUCCCCGUCCUCCUCCUCUUCCUCCUCCUCCUCCUGUGGGGAGGCACCUCGUGCUGCCCGGCCCCACUGAAGGCUGCUGCUACGAGUCGGCUCAGGACUGUCCUGCUGGAGCCGUCAGACUGGAGCCAUCAGGAGCUGCUGCCCUUCCACGUGCAGUGAUGGUUGGUGGCAGAGCUGCCACGCUUCCGUGUCCUCAACCACUGACUCGUCUUUGACCAAAUAAAAGGGAUUUCUAAGAGCGG